AUGGCUGGCGAACGGGACGAGCGCCGCAAUUUUCGGAAGCACAUACCGCCCAUUCGUGAAGAACCGCGUGUGGAUGAAGAAAAGGAAGUCGCUGAGGCAGUAGAGGCGCGAGGACAAGAAGCACUUCCUGAGCCCAGUCGAAGUGAGAUACCAUCCAGACUCGCAUCGAUCGAUCCAGAAGUUGAAGAAGAUGAUGAUAGGGUGCACCUCGAAGACGCAUCCAAGUAUUCCACGCCAGCAGGACCUAUUGUAGCCGCCUCACCAGCGGUCCACCUCGACAACCCAUCACCUGCUGCUGCGGCUCAAUCCUCUUCGUCGAGAUCAAGGCCAUCACCUCAGGCAACGACCAAAGGCCAAUCGCGACGGUCGGCUGCUCCAAGUCCACCCGAGAGGACUACGAAGAAGGCGGCGGAGGCACCUGCAGCGAAGGCGCCGGCUAAGACACCUGCGAAGACACCUGCGAAGCAAAAGGCUCCACCGACAACCGGGACGCGGAAGAGUGCGAGGGUUGCCAAAAGAACGCAAGUUGCGAAGAAAUAA